GUGGCGGUGUCGGUAGCGGCUGCACCGAAGAGAAUUUGGCGCGAUGUCUCACACCAUUUUGCUGGUACAGCCUACCAAGAGGCUAGAAGGCAGAAUUUAUGCUGACUAAUCUGUGAAUGAGUGCAUGGAAGGUGUUUGUAAAAUGUAUGAAGAACAUCUGAAGAGAAUGAAUCCCAACAGUCCCUCCAUCACAUAUGAUAUCAGUCAGUUGUUUGAUUUUAUCAAUGAUCUGGCAGACCUCAGCUGCCUGGUUUACCGAGCUGAUACCCAGACAUACCAGCCUUAUAACAAAGACUGGAUUAAAGAGAAGAUCUACGUGCUCCUUCAUCGGCAGGCCCAACAGGCCGGGAAAUAAUUGAGUUGGAAGCAUCAGGGGGGUGGGGGUGGGCUUGGAACACAGGUGUGUACAGCGUGCUGUAGUGAAAGUUUUGUAUGAUAGUAAUCCUGUUUCCAUUUUGUUACACUCUAGCCAAGAUUGAAUAUAUUAGAUAAA